CGUCCACCAGCACCCUUCGAGCCAGUCAGCCAGUCAGCACCAUGUUCUCUCGCGCCAUCGCUCUCACCUUCGCGGCUCUGCCCCUCCUUGCGGUCGCCACUCCCCUUGAGGCCCGCAAUGAUGCCCCUGCGUCCUCCUGCAGCACCGGUGCACUCCAGUGCUGCGAGUCGACCACCACGGCGGGCUCCAAGUCGGCCGCCGCGAUCCUGGGCCUCCUCGGCGUCGUCGUCCAGGACGUCACCGCUAUCGUCGGCCUGAGCUGCUCCCCGAUCACCGUCGUCGGCGUCGGCGCGGGUAGCUCGUGCAGCGCCGACACCGUCUGCUGCGAGGACAACAGCUUCGGCGGUCUCAUCUCCAUCGGCUGUCUUCCCGUUAGCCUUUGAGCAGACGACGUCAGACAGGAGGGGUCUCGAGAGGUGGGAGACAAGCGUACCCCUUUGAUUGCCGGGGCUUGAAUGUUUGUAUACAGCUAUGUGUCUCGAGGAUGGAUUUGUAGGAGGUGAUUAGUAUCGAAGUUGACCGUGACUUGACCGGCGAAUUGCGAUGGUACAAUUAUGCAUCUCUUCGGCGUAAAUGGCGUUUCCAUCGGCCUCUACCUCAUAGAAUUCGCACCUGCAGCCGUAUAAGCCUCAGGGGAAUAUGUC